GCGCAUUCACAGAAUAUUCUGGGUAUUUGCUGACGGCUAGCAUGAAGCGAGGAUAGUUUAAUCAUUGUUUAGCCUGACAUUUAAAAAAAAAUAAUCUACACAAAAAGCGGAACAAUGCCGCUCACACCCCUCGUUUACUGGGCUCAACGCCACGAAGACAUUUACCUGCGAGUGGAGCUGACAGACGCUCAGGAUAUAGAUGUGCAUGUCCAUGAAAACAUCCUUCAGUUUAAAGCCCAGGGCCAUGGUGCGAAAGGACAACAUGAUUAUGAGUUUAGCUUGGAGUUUCUUUCACCAGUAAAGCCAGAGGUGAUCCACAGGUCCACGCAGCGCCAGGUGAGCAUCACGGUGAAGAAAGGGCAGCACGGCUGGUGGGAGAGACUGACGCUGAAGGAGCGCAAACCGGUGUUCCUGGCUCCGGACUUUGACCGCUGGCUGGACGAGUCGGAUGCUGAGAUGGAGAUCCGGGAAAAAGAUGAGAAAAAGAACAGGCUGAAGGCUUCCAGGCAUAAAGAGGAAGAAGGGUUUAUCAGCCUGAAAACAGCCUUCCUGUUUGUCUAUAACCUGGUGCAGUUUCUUGGUUUUUCAUGGAUCUUUGUCAACAUGACCGUGCGGCUCUUCAUCUUUGGCCAAGAUUCUCUCUACGACACAUUUCACACCAUAUCGGACGUGAUGUUCUUCUGCCAGAUCUUGGCUGCAGUCGAAGUCCUCAACGCUGCUUUUGGUGUCGUCCACUCGGGUGUUAUUCCAACUCUUAUACAGGUGGUUGGAAGGAAUUUUGUCCUCUUCAUCAUCUUUGGUAGUUUGGAAGAAAUGCACAACCGGCCUGUUGUGUUCUUCGUCUUCUAUCUGUGGAGUGCCAUUGAGAUUGUGCGGUAUCCAUUUUACAUGCUGGGCUGCUUCAACACAGAGUGGAAAACUCUGACAUGGCUGCGGUACACAAUCUGGAUACCACUGUAUCCAUUAGGUGUUUUAGCAGAAGCUGUUGCUGUAAUACAAUCCAUUCCCAUCUUUGAUGAGACCAAACUCUUCAGCAUUCCUCUCCCGAAAGCCCUCGGUACUUCCAUCAGCUUCUCUUUCGUCCUGUACAUCUAUCUGGUCCUCAUGUUUCUUGGACUGCUUAUCAACUUUCGUCAUCUCUACAAGCAGAGGAAGAGGCGUUUCCGUACCAAGAAGAGGAAAGCUAAUUGAGGUUCAGAACAAACAACACCUCUGCUGCCUGCCUGGUUAAACGGUUUCAAACCAUGUUUCAGGUCAAACUGUUUCUUUGUUAUGAAGACGGUUUCCUUAUCCAUAGUUUUUCUUACUAAAACAGUUGAAUUAGAUUUCACCCUGAACAACCCACAGAUGAUGCAACAUGUCAUCAUUGCACUGACGUCUCAUUUACUGAUUAAUUCCUCUGGUAUUUAAAAAAAAAAAGUUUUGUAGAUUAGUUAAAAGAUGUAAUAAGCCAUAAAAAGUAUACACAUGUGAUUCCAUUUAUUUUCCUUUUGAUAUUGUUGGUGUUUCUUAAUGCAGUGGUAGUCCUCCUGAUGUCGUUUAUAAUAACAAUGUGUGUAUGAAUGAAGAAAGUACAAAGUUCUCAACAAAUACUGUAUUCGUUCUGAAACAUCCCACAAACCUCAGGGACCAUUACACUGGUGACUGCUCAAAUACAGAGGGGCGGUUGUCCCUUUAGCUCAAUAACCUACUCUGUAGAAUUUGUAUUUUGACAAUUAUAUGAAUUUUGAAAGCCAAGUUUGACAUGUUUACUUGACAAUGAAUAAAAGGAAAUUUUAAA